GCCAGGAGGAGGGUGGACCUGCCCAGAGCGGAGCGCCGGAGUCGUCCUCCUCCUCCUCCUUCUCCUGCUCCUCCUGCUCCUCCUGCUACCGCCCAGGCUCCGCCACCGCCCGCCUGCCCGCCCGCCCGCCGGACUCCUCCUCCUGCCGCUCGUCCGGCCCGAGCCAGCGCAGCCGCGGCUUCCGAAGCCCGCGGGGCGGCGGGGACCGGCUCGCGGUGCAGAUUCUUCUCACUUAAUCUUUUGGUGGAAACUACAACACAAGAUGGCUGCAAAUAAGCCCAAGGGUCAGAAUUCCUUGGCUUUACACAAAGUCAUCAUGGUGGGAAGUGGUGGUGUGGGCAAAUCUGCUCUCACUCUACAGUUCAUGUAUGAUGAGUUUGUAGAGGACUAUGAGCCCACCAAAGCAGACAGCUAUCGGAAGAAGGUAGUGCUGGAUGGGGAGGAAGUGCAGAUCGAUAUCUUAGAUACAGCUGGGCAGGAAGACUACGCUGCCAUCAGAGACAACUACUUCCGGAGUGGGGAGGGUUUCCUCUGUGUCUUCUCUAUUACGGAAAUGGAGUCCUUUGCAGCCACAGCCGACUUCAGGGAGCAGAUUUUAAGAGUAAAAGAAGAUGAGAAUGUUCCUUUUCUGCUGGUUGGUAACAAAUCAGAUUUAGAAGAUAAAAGGCAGGUUUCUGUAGAAGAAGCAAAAAACCGAGCUGACCAGUGGAAUGUUAACUAUGUGGAAACAUCUGCUAAAACGCGGGCUAAUGUUGACAAGGUAUUUUUUGAUUUAAUGAGGGAAAUUCGAGCCAGAAAGAUGGAAGACAGCAAAGAAAAGAAUGGGAAAAAGAAGAGGAAAAGUUUAGCCAAGAGAAUCAGAGAAAGAUGCUGCAUUUUAUAAUUGGAGCCCAACUUCUUUCUUACCUUGACCAUACUAAUAAAUAUAAUUUAUAAGCAUUGCCAAUGAAGGCUCAAUUGACUGAAAUUACUUUAACAUUUUGGAAAUUGUUAUGUAUCACUAAAAGCAUGAAUUGGAACUACACUGAAAGUCAAAUUCACUCUAAAAAGAAAUUCACGUGGCUUCUACCAGAAGCAAGGUUGAGCUUAUUUCAUUACUGCCUACAUUUAUCACGGUCCUGAAUGUAGCAUGUCUGUCUCGGGCAGUCUUUCUGGAACUGUUAAAUAAAGAAGUGAGACAGUGGUGGGCAAUGGGAGGAAAGGCUACUUCCUCUGGCGUUUAUUAUAAAGCUUAAAUUUUAUAUCAUUUUAAAAUGUCUUGGUCUUCUACUGCCUUGAAAAAUGACAAUUGUGAACAUGAUAGUUAAACUGUACCACUUUUUAAACCAUUGUUAUGCAAAAUAUAGAAGAAAAAGUUGUUGGCAUGGUUGUUGCAUAUAGUUAAUCUGAGAGCAAUUCAUCUGUGAGUCUGCGCUAAUGACCUGGUGAUUAACUUAGAAAAGUGGUGGAAGCUUGUACAUGGACAUUUUGGAAUAUGCCUUAAUUUAGAAACUGAAAAAUAUCCAGUUACAUCAUUCUGGGCAUGUUCUCGCUGGCACCCCGUUGUCCCGUGAGACACUGUAUGCCUGCUGUGGGGUACAGCUUUUGUAUAGAAGGUUCUUAAGAAAUAACUGUCCGCUGGGAGUCUGUCCAGAUGAAAACUGUGUGCCAUACUCUGGUCCUUGAAGGAAGGUUCCAGAGCUGCUUGACCACUCUGAAUCGGCUGUGAGGUGGUUUACAGUGGAAGGCCAGCAUGUCCUUGCAAGAUAAUUUUAGACUUCUGAGGAUUCACUCUCUGAUAGAUUUGUGUGAAGCCUCUUCCUCUAAGAUGCUGGUCCCUGGAAAUCACUUUCCGCGGGUGGUGAGCUUAUAAGUG